AUGGCGUCGCUGAGUGACAAAUCAGUUUGGGACGAAGUGGAAGACGGAAUCGGUGAAGAGGUAUUAAAAAUGUCCACGGAGGAAAUUGUUCAACGAACUCGACUCCUGGACAGUGAGAUAAAGAUAAUGAAGAGCGAAGUUCUGAGGGUGACCCACGAACUGCAAGCAAUGAAAGAUAAAAUCAAGGAAAACACGGAGAAAAUAAAGGUGAACAAAACCCUACCUUAUCUGGUGUCGAACGUGAUCGAGCUACUCGACGUGGACCCCAACGACCAGGAGGAAGACGGGGCAAAUGUGGACCUGGAUUCCCAGAGAAAGGGAAAAUGCGCCGUCAUUAAGACGUCCACUCGGCAGACCUACUUCCUGCCGGUGAUCGGGUUGGUGGACGCCGAGAAGCUAAAGCCUGGAGAUCUGGUGGGUGUCAAUAAAGACUCCUACUUGAUCUUGGAGACCUUACCCACCGAGUAUGACUCCCGAGUCAAGGCUAUGGAGGUUGACGAGCGCCCCACAGAGCAGUACAGUGACAUCGGAGGUCUGGACAAGCAGAUUCAGGAGCUGGUGGAGGCAAUCGUCCUGCCCAUGAACCACAAGGAGAAGUUUGAAAACCUGGGCAUCCAGCCGCCCAAAGGAGUCCUGAUGUACGGACCACCAGGCACAGGGAAGACUCUCCUAGCCAGGGCCUGUGCAGCUCAGACAAAAGCUACCUUCCUCAAGUUGGCUGGACCACAGCUGGUGCAGAUGUUCAUCGGCGAUGGAGCCAAGUUGGUGAGGGACGCCUUCGCCCUCGCCAAAGAGAAAGCCCCUUCCAUUAUCUUCAUCGAUGAGCUGGACGCCAUAGGUACCAAGAGAUUUGACAGUGAGAAGGCUGGGGACAGGGAGGUGCAGAGGACCAUGUUGGAGCUCCUCAAUCAGCUGGAUGGAUUUCAACCCAACAUGCAAGUCAAGGUGAUUGCUGCCACCAACAGAGUAGACAUCUUGGACCCUGCGUUACUACGAUCAGGCCGUCUGGACAGGAAGAUCGAGUUUCCCAUGCCAAAUGAGGAGGCCAGAGCCCGCAUCAUGCAGAUUCACUCACGUAAGAUGAAUGUCAGUCCCGACGUCAACUAUGAAGAGCUGGCGCGCUGCACCGACGACUUCAACGGCGCCCAGUGCAAAGCCGUGUGCGUGGAGGCGGGUAUGAUUGCACUGCGACGCGGAGCCACGGAGCUGAACCACGAGGAUUACAUGGAGGGAAUCCUGGAGGUGCAGGCCAAGAAAAAGGCCAAUCUGCAGUACUAUGCUUGA